AAAGAAACGAUUAUUUCCUUGUUCUAAGCACAUCAACACCAAAGCCAGUAUAAUUUAAACAUGGAGACAUUAUGGCUUAUCUGGUCUGUACUUUCAUUGUUUUUUCUUCAGUUUGUGUCUCUUGGACAAGAAUCUCGAGCCCCGACUCAUGACACUGAUGUUGGAAUAGACUUGUCUAGCAACAACUCCGAAACAACUUCCACCGAAAAAGAAUAUGGACCAACAAAUGUGAACAUUUAUUCAACUGACCUUGAGGAUGUGUGGGAAGGAGGAGGAUACGUCACCCUCACAUGUAGAGCAGACUGUAAUCCACCUUGUGAUAGAUAUCAAAUAUAUCACAAUGGACGAGUCAUCUCCAACACAAACGUGACAUCCAUCACAAAAGAUCGAACAAACUCCGGAAAAUACAGUUGUGGGGCAAAUGAUGAUAAGUUGGGGGAAUACGUUAGAUCUGCUGAAGUGGAUAUUGAUAUCAAAUAUGGACCCAGCAAUGUUGUAAUGGAUUCCUCAAGUGACCUUACGGAUUUGUGGGAAGAAAGAGGAUACGUCACCCUCAGAUGUAGAGCAGAAUGUAAUCCACCAUGUGAUAGAUAUCAAAUUUACCAUGAUGAACGAGUCAUCUCCUACACAAAAGUGAUAUCCAUUGAAAAAGAUCGAACAAAGUCUGGAAAAUACAGAUGUGGAGCAUAUGAUGAAAAGUGGAGGAUAUAUGUCAGAUCUGCUGAAGUAGAUAUUGAUAUCAAAUAUGGACCCGGCAAUGUUGUAAUGGAUUCCUCAAGUGACCUUACGGAUUUGUGGGAAGGAACAGGAUACGUCACCCUCACAUGUAGAGCAGAAUGUAAUCCACCAUGUGAUAGAUAUCAAAUUUACCAUGAUGAACGAGUCAUCUCCUACACAAAAGUGAUAUCCAUUGAAAAAUAUCGAACAAAGUCUGGAAAAUACAGUUGUGAGGCAUAUGAUGAUAAGUUGAGGAGAUACUUCAGAUCUGCUGAAGUGGAUAUUGAUAUCAAAUAUAGGACAGUUUCCUUAUCAUCAAAUGAGAAAGAAAUCACACUAAGGGUAAACCGUUCUUUACCAUCAAAUGUAGUUUGCAUUAUUGAGUGCAAUUUCCAGAGUGGAUCUGACAUUACAGUAACAAAGAAUUCGGAGCAGUACAAGAUAAUUAAGUCGGAUGGGAGUAUAUUUAGCGACAGAAAAGCUCUUCCAUCAGAUAGUGGAGUUUAUAGUUGUACAUCAGGAGAUUCCCACUCUGAAAAUGAAAUUAUAUUAAACAUUUUAUACGGCCCAAAGAACACCACAAUUCUAAGCUUUGGGAACAAAUUAGUAAAGUCGGAGAUUGUUCUUAACGAGAGUCGUUCAGAAAGGCACCAGAUAACAUGUUCAUCCGCAUGCAAUCCACGCUGUAAUACAACAUGGUAUAAGAAUGGCGAACUUCUUAACUACGAGAAACGUCAAAGCAUAGAUAUUAGGGUACACAGAAGUCAGUCUGGGACUUACAGAUGUGAGGCUAAUGGAAUAGAAGGAAAGCAAUCCUCUGAUGACGUCAAAAUUAUAGUCCAGUACCCUCCUGGAGCUGUUGAAGUAAAGCCUAGUAACACCACUUUCUAUUCGAGACGUAAUGGAAAGCCUAUUACUGAUAUUACUUGUGAAGCGGACUGCUUACCACCGUGUGACUACGUAUGGUACGAAGAAAAGCGAAGAUGGUAUUACGGCUACUACGGCAGCCGUGAGUUUACUAGAGGCACUGCGUUAUUUGCGUAUAGGAAUUUCACGAACUACCAUUCUCGAUUCCAAUGUGCUGCUUAUAAUUCAAUCAAAACCAAAUUUAGUAAAAGGAUAGUUGUGGAAGUAAAGGGUGGGCCUGUUGACGUUAAAAUCAAUGCAAUGGAAUUUCCAAUAGAAAAUCAUCCGUUUGAACUGCAGUGCUCGGCAGAUUGUUAUCUUGGAUGUUUAUCUUAUACAUGGUUUUACAAGGAGAUUCAAAUUCACAAUGGACAAAAUCUAAACUUCAAAAACAUAUCAAGGAAUCAUAAUGGAGAAUACACUUGCACAGUUAAUGACUACUUUGGAACAGCUUCUGAUAAGUAUUCUGUAAACGUUCAGUUUGGCCCAUCCACUGUAAGAAUCCAAUAUACCACUAGUGACGGGAAUUUACAAGAAAAUCGUCAUGGUUCGGUGUAUAUAACUUGUUAUGCAGACUGUUAUCCAUCAUGUUCUUUCAAGUUUUACCAAAAUGGUAGGGAAAUACCGGUAGUUGUUUACUAUCAGAGACAAAAUUAUAUAUAUAUACAAAGGCAGAAAAAUGAAAAAAAUUCAGGACAGUAUAGUUGCUCCGCAGAAAAUCCGGGUAUUGGACGCAUGAAUUCCAGUAACUUUGCAGUUAUACUGAUACUUUAUAAACCAAGACUCUCUGUGUCUGGAAUAAUUCCAGAUAUUAUUGCCCCUGGAUCUGUAAAACUUAACUUUAGCAUAAAGAGUUUUCCUCCAUCAAAUGUGACAAUUGUUCACAAAGGAAAAAUACUGAAAUACCACACCAAUGUGACGGGUUCGAAAUCUUACCAAAUAAACAUCACAACCUGUCUAGAUGAAGGGGACUACAUACUAGACGCUAAAAAUGACGUUGGUUCUGUUAAGUACCGGAAUAGAGUUACAGUUAAGUGCUCUCCUAUGAUCCUCGAAUAUUCCAAUAUCUCAAACAAAGGAUAUUACAUUGGUGAUCCGUUGAACUUGACGACAACAUUUAUUGCAAAUCCAGAUCCAGGUGUUUCAUGGAGCUUUACGUCCUAUAAAUCAAGAAACGUGUCACAGAAAGUUGAGGAAAACCUGAUAUACAACAAAGUCAAAGAGAAGAUGACAAGUAUUAUUGUCGAUAAACUACAAGUAGACAAUUUCGGAAUCUAUCAACUCAUAUUAGUAAAUGAUAUUGGAAAUGAAACAAUGUCAUUCAGCAUCAAAGGUCCACCACAACCACCAACUGAACUGACCUUGGACUGUCUUAGUGCAGCUUUUUUGGAAUGGAAACCUGGAUUUGACGGGGGAACAGAUCAAAGUUUUCUUAUCGAAUACACAACCAAUAUAACCUCCCUAUGGUUCCCUCAAUCAGAACUCUCUAUAACUUCUAAGGAUAACGACCGAAUGUCUACUUAUGUAACUUUAAUGAACCCAAAGGACCGCUAUUUUUUCCGUGUUAUUUCAGAAAACAUUUUUGGAAGAGUCAUUUCGGAUAAGAUUGUCAAUUGCACUCUUCAAGCUGUUGGAGAAGAAGAAAGUUUCCUAAGCCUUGACACCAUUGCUGGAAUCAGUGGGGGAUUGGUUCUGAUUUUGGUGGCUGUCAUAGUCCUUGUGCUUUUUGGAGUAAAGAAAUAUCAAAAUCACCACAGGAAAGGUCAAAAGGCACGGAAACAAAACGCUGCCCAAGAAGAAGAUUGCGGGAUGGGUAUGAUUGAGAAUACCUUAUAUAUCAGUGGCGACGACGUAAAUAAUUCUACAAUAUUGUCCUCAAAAUAUCCACAGAAUGAUGCCGUAAACACGGAAAGCAGGAAUGACGUUUACUCAGUUGUUAAAAAAACUGAGAAGAUUGAACCUGACUUCCCCAUGUAUGCUGAAGUCUGUAAAUCCCGACCAGUAAAGGAUAAUCCAGCAAUAAAGAAAAAACCAGCAAAGAAGACUAAAAAUAGUACGGGCAAAACCGUCAACAAAGAUGGACUGGUUUACGUGGAAAUUGAUUUGAAAAAAACGCCGGUUUUAAGCGGGAAUUCCGUCAUUCAUGGAUCGGACAACAAGACGCUGUAUGUUGACAUUGAUUUUACCCAGCAUGCCGACCCACUUCCGGAGUGUGACGUAGAGGACAAUGAUGACGCCAAUCUAAACGAAAAGAAACAACAGGAAUAAAUUUGCACCAGAUAAACGUCAACUUAAACACUGAAAGUUUACAGCCGUUAAAAAAUCAUUUUCGUCGUUUGCUGUAAAACUUCACCAAAAUAUUGACGUCAAGUAAAAUCGCCCUAAAAAUAUAUGUAAAAGGAGUCACUUUGAUAAUGUUAAGUAAUUUUAGCUUACUUCAACGGAUUUGAGAGUUUCUGAAAUCUCGUCGAUGUUCCAUGUAAA